GCCAUUUUAUCGAUCUAUCUUUCCUUUAAUGUGACAGCAUCAAAAUUAUUGAAAAUUAAUUGUUUUAUAUGGCUAAAUGAUAAGUUUUUGCAAUCAUUUUUUUAUUUUUGAGAUAAAUUUAGCGACGGCGAAUGCGCAUGCUCAUUUUUUUGUUAAAGGUGAACAAUCUAUACUAAAUAUUGCUUCAGACAACCGGAGUAAAAGAUAGAUUGAACCCGCACGAGAGGUAAAAUCACCGUACAACAUCGAGUGAACAUCCUGCAAAAACAUGUCCUGGGAUAUUGUGCCGCUAUCAAAGUGGGAUUUUGGAUACUUUGACCGACAGCGAGAUUUGUUCUCGGAAUGGCUGCAUCUUUUUGACGAUGACUGGCGAAUGGGGAGUUUUGAAGAGUCCCGAAUCCGGUUUGAUAAGGAACUGGACAAGAUUCGGAGAGAAAUGCUUCGGAUGGACGAACAACCAGUGAAUCUGGAUUUACGACAGCCUUUCAUUACAGAUCCAAAAGGGCAACAUAAAUUUAGCCUGAGGUUUAACUGCAGCAAGUUCAAGCCAAAUGAAAUCACCGUGCAGACCCAAGACAACACAUUGAAAGUCCAUGCAAGACACGCUCACGAAGAAGAUGGCCGUAAGUUUUACCAAGAAUUCUUCAGGGAGUGCACGCUUCCGGAAAACGUGGAUCCGAAAAAGCUGCAGUCCAGUCUAACCAAUGAUGGCGUUCUCCAAAUCGAGGCUCCAGUCCAGCCGACGGUUGUUGCCCCUAAGGAGCAUCUAAUACCGAUAGAUCAUCUGAAAAAGGAUUUGAAAAAAGAUAAACAAGUUGUGGCAGUUGAAAAAGAAAGGGGAGAUGGGAAAUAAGACCCUAUCAGUGUUAAAGAAGUUUUGUCAAUGGUAUUAAAAUCUGCAAUUUUGAAGUAAUGAAAGAUAACUCCUGACAUCAUGAAAUUAUUCUGUAAUGAAUACGUAAGCAAACGUUUAUAAAUAUGUUUGAAGUUAUUGAAAUAAUAUUACACCACAUGAAGAAACAAAAAAAAGUCUGUUAUAAGACAAACCAUAAAGAAUGAAGAGCUGAGUUAAGAUUCUGUUUGCAGUGAAUGUGUAUUAGCAAGAGGCAAACCAUUGACAUAUAGAAGACCAAAUGCAAGAUUACGCUAUCAUAAGAGAUCUAAAAAAACAAUGGGGGAAGUUUUGUUUUGUUCAUUAAAGACAUAUAUGUUCCAUGUUAACAAACAUUUUUUUUUCUUCUAGUUUUUCAUGUUUUAGAAAUUCUGAUUUAAUUUUCCAGUAAGCUUCAUUUGUCUGGCCUAUCCACAUUUUGGCUAUUGCUGCAGAAAAUGAUCGCUUCUUGAUACUACAGGUGAUAAGGUGAAAGAGAAGUAUGUUAACAAUGGCAUCACUAACUACUUUUUAUCUUGUCUGGCAGUUAUUAAUCAUUCAUUUAUUGUUGGCCACAAUUAGAACAGGAGCUAACUAUCCACAACCAUUGUGCAUGAAUAGGUCGAGCGAGAAGUAGAAAUAGUUAAAACAGCGGCAGAUUCAUCAGCCUUUAGUACUUAUUACAUUAAUAUUUAAUAAAAUAAUUUUUCAAUUUAGUAAGAUGGACAUCUGAAGAUAUAAAGUGCCAUUUUUCAGCCAUAGAUCUUUCAACCUGUAUUAGGGUUUUACAAAAAGCUGCCAUAAUAUAAUACAUUAUGCUACUACUACAUGUAUAUUUAAACAUUGACAUAAUAUUUAAUUAUAUUCACUUUAUGCAACCAAUGAAAAUACCUGUUUGAUUAUGAUAGAAGCAAGUGGCAAGAUUGUAAAUAUCAGUUUGAUUUUUUUAUAAAGUUUAUUACUGUUAGAAAGACGGUGUUUAAAGGCCCAAUACUACAACAUUAUUAUAUCACUUCUUAAUAUUUAUAAUUCAUGAUUGAAGGCAUGAAAGACUGGCAACUCAUGUAAAUCAAAAUUAUUCCUGUUUUUUAGCUCACCUGAGCUUGCUCAGGGUGAGCUUUUAGGAUCGGUGAAUGUCCGUCGUCCGUCGUCCGUCGUCCGUCCGGCCGUCCACAAUUUCUUGUGAACACUCUAGCGGUCGCAUUUUUGCCUCAAUCAUCAUCAAACUUGGUCAGGAUGCUUAUCUAGUUGAAAGCUCGGAUGAGUUCGAACAUGGGUCAUCUCGGAUGAAAAACUAGGUCACAAGAGCUAAAAAUAGAAAAACCUUGUGAACACUCUAGAGGUCACAUUUUUGACCCAAUCAUCAUCAAACUUGGUCAGGAUGUUUGUCUAGGUGAUAGCUCGGAUGAGUUCGAACAUGGGUCAUCUCGGAUGAAAAAAGUAGGUCACAGGAGCUAUAAAUAGAAAAACCUUGUGAACACUCUAGUGGUCACAUUUUUGAACCAAUCAUCAUCAAACUUGGUCAGAAUGCUUGUCUAGUCAAUUGCUUGGAUGAGUUCGAACAUGGGUCAUCUCUGAUGAAAAACUAGGUCACAGGAGCUAAAAAUAGAAAAACCUUGUGAACACUCUAGUGGUCACAUUUUUGACCCAAUCAUCAUCAAACUUUGUCAGGAUGCUUGUUUAGAUAAUAGCUCAGAUGAGUUCGAAUAUGGGUCAUCUCGGAUGAAAAACUAGGUCACCGGAGCUAUAAAUAGAAAAACCUUGUUAACACUUUAGCGGUCACAUUUUUGCAUCAAUCAUCAUCAAACUUGAUCAAGAUGCUUGUCUAGGUGAUAGCUCGGAUGAGUUCGAACAUGGGUCAUCUCGAUGAAAAACUAGGUCACAGGAGCUAAAAAUAGAAAAACCUUGUUAACACUCUAGUGGUCACAAUUUUGACUCAAUUGUCAUCAAACUUGGUCAGGAAACUUGAAUAGGUCAUUGCUUGGAAUAAAUCGAACAUGGGACAUCUCGGAUGAAAAACUAGGUCACAUGAGCUAAAAAAUAGAAAAAUCUUGUUAACACUCUAGUGGCUACUGUUGUGAUCCAAAUAUUCUGUUAAUUGGUCUGAAAGUUUUUUUUUGAUGAUUUCUAAGUCAAGAUCAAACAUGGGUCAUCUUGGAUGAAAAACUAGGUCACACCGCCCCAAAUAUGGAAAAACCUUGUUAACAUUCUAGUGGUCACAUUUUCGACUCGAUUAUCAUCAAACUUGGUCAGGAUGCUUGUCUAGGUAAUUGCUUGGAUUAGUUCGAAAUCGCAUGUGAAACUAGGUCACCGGAGCUAAAAAUAGAAAAAAUCUUGUUAACACUCUAGUUGCUACUGUUUUGAUCCAAGUAUCCUGGAAAUUGGUCUGAAAGUUUGUUUUGAUGAUUUCUAGGUCAAGUUUGAAUAUGUGUCACCUGGGUAAAAAACUAGGUCGCACUGCUCAAAUAUGGAUAAUCCUUGUUAACACUGUAGUGGUCACAUUUUUGACUCACCUGUCAUGAGACUUGGUCAGAAUGCUUGUCUAGGUAAUUGUUUGGAUGAGUUUGAUAAUUCAGGUGAGCGAUCUAGGGCCAUCAUGGCCCUCUUGUUUAACAAAUGUUAUUUGAUCAUUUAUUACAAGUAUUUUCUUAUGUAGAAAUUGAAGAUUAUUUUCAUUUUAAUUAAAUGAUGUUUGUGUCUUAAGAUAUUUCGGUAUGGGCCUUUAAAAUAAUUUUGUAUACUGAUUUUAUUCCCUACAUUUGUGUUUUUGUUAAAGGAUAUCACAGUUUGUGUUCUUCAGAAUAUAAUUUUGAUUUACACAUUUGUUCAGGAGGUUGUUAGCUUUUUACCGAGAGAAUGUAUACAUGUAAAAAAGGCUUUUACAACAACUGAUUAGUAUAUUUUAUUUAAGAUAUCUUAAUAUUUAAAUAUAUUCAGAGGAAAUUAAAAUACAGGCAUUUAAUAUAUUACUUAGUAAGAGGAAUUUGCUUACUUGAUUUUCAAGAUCAUGUCAAAUAUUUGAAAUGUUAAGAACACUUUUUUUCGCCUUGCUAUAUCAUUAUCAAGUAAUCAAUAAAAAUCAGUUUGCUUUAAAACAA